UUACAUCCAAACUCUUCCUUCUAGUUUCCCCAGUUCUCAUCCUUGCUCCUGUCUGUUCCCCUCGCUGUUGCUGAUUCUGUCAUCAAGAUGAGCGGGGCGAACGGUAAAAAGGGUCCUUCCUCCGGUGUGAUGGAGUGGAUCGGUUCAGCGUGUCGAUUUGCAACAGACAGAAACGACUUCCGAAGGAAUCUUCUGGUCAACCUGGGCUUGUUUGCAGCGGGUGUUUGGGUUGCAAGAAAUCUCUCCGAUUUUGAUCUGAUGUCUCCUCAGCCCGUAACAUAACCUGGUCAAAAUACAUCACCACCGAAACCAGGGUGACGGUGUCUUGGACCAACAAAGAAGAAGAAACAAGGCACAUGAAUAAAUGACUUUUGUAUGACUAGUUUUACUUU